CGUCAACCUCUCUGCCACACUAGUCCUCUGUGCGAAUACACAGUCUGCGAUACAUCUUUGCCUAUUGCUGAGAGGAUUGCGUCGCUCUUAUCAGAGAUGACUCUGGACGAAAAGAUUGUCAAUACCGUCAAUGCUGCUGAUGGAGUAGGUAGGCUCGGUCUUCCAGGCUAUGACUGGUGGAACGAGGCUCUUCAUGGUCUUGCCCAAGCUCCUGGUGUCAAAUUCAACAGUCCCAAUGGUUCAGCCUUCAGCUACGCUACUAGCUUCCCUAUGGCUAUCACCACUGGUUCGGCAUUCGAUGACCAUCUCAUUGGAGAGAUUGCCAAUGUCAUUGGCAGAGAGACUCGUGCCUUUGCAAACUUUGAGCAGUGUGGCUAUGACUUCUGGACGCCAAACAUCAACACAUUCCUUGACCCUCGUUGGGGCCGAGGUCAAGAGACACCCAGCGAAGACUCGUUCCAUACCCAGCAGUACACCAAGGCAUUGAUUCCGGGCCUCCAAGGUGGUCUUGAUCAUCCGGAGGAGAAGCAGAUCAUUGCCACCUGCAAGCACUUUAACUUGUACUACGCCGAAACAAACAGAUACGGUGAGAAUUACAAUGCUACUACCCAAGACUUGGCCGAGUAUUACAAUCCACCCUUCAAAUCUUGCGUUCGGGAUGUGGCUGUCGGAUCUGUCAUGUGUGCAUACACUGCUACCUACGGUGUCCCGAGUUGUGCCAGCGAGUAUUUCCUGCAAGACACUUUGCGUGAAGACUGGAGCUUCGAUGAGCCAUACAAGUAUGUCGUUGGCGAUUGUGGUGCUGUCGAGUAUAUCCAUACCAUCCACCAUUUCACCGACAGUCCCGCCGAAGGCGCAGCUCUUGCUCUGAACGCCGGCACUGACUUGGAUUGUGGCUUCACUUUUGGCACUUACCUCAAUGAAUCGAUCAUCAACAAUUAUACCACAGAAGCACGAUUGGACCAGGCUUUGACUCGUCUUUACACUGGACUCCACACUGUUGGAUACUUCGAUGGUCAAAAUCGCUAUGCCAAUCUGUCAUGGGGUGAUGUCGACACUGAAGAUACCCGAGCUCUAGCUUAUCGAUCUGCUUGGGAAGGUAUGGUCCUGCUCAAGAAUGACGGGCUCCUGCCUCUUUCUGCAGACUAUAAGAAGGUGGCACUUGUCGGACCUUAUGCCAAUGCUUCUAGUCAGAUGCAAGGUAUUUAUGCUGGUCAAGCGCCGUACAUCAUCACACCUCUACAGGCGGCAGAAGCCAAUUGGGAUGAUGUUCAGUAUGCUUUCGGAACUGGUGUCAAUGGCAGCAACACAACUUUCUUCUCGGCCGCUCUGGAUGCAGCAAGAUCGGCAGAUCUCAUCAUCUACCUGGGUGGCAUCGAUGACACGAUCGAACGCGAAACACAGGACCGAGAGUCAAUCAAGUGGCCUGGUAAUCAGCUUGAUUUGGUACAACAGUUGAGUGAGCUGGGCAAACCGCUAGCUGUUGUUCAGUUUGGAGGUGGUCAGAUUGACGACAGCGAAUUGCUUGCAAACAGCAAAGUGAACUCUCUUCUCUGGGUAGGCUACCCGAGUCAAGAAGGUGGCAAUGCUAUCGUCGACAUCCUGCUCGGUAGACAAGCUCCCGCUGGUCGUUUGACUACAACUCAAUAUGCUGCCAGCUAUAUCGACGAGGUCAGCAUCUUCAACCCAGAUCUACGUCCUAAUGGAAGUUACCCUGGCCGUACCUACAAAUGGUACACCGGCAAGCCUGUGCUCCCCUUCAGCUACGGUCUCUCUUACACCACCUUUGAUCUCCAAUGGUGCGGUAAGCCUCUAAAGCAUACCUAUAAGAUCAAAGACCUCUUCCACAAGCGUCAGCCCCACGGAGCAAAACCAAAGCCCCUCGACACAUUACCUUUUGUCACUCUCUUCACCACCGUCUCAAACACAGGCACCCACACCUCCGACUUCACAGCCCUCUUAUUCCUCUCAACCCAAAACGCAGGACCAUCGCCCUACCCGAACAAAUGGCUAGCUUCCUACGCCCGCGCCCAUACCAUCACUCCUGGACACUCACAAACCAUUGAUUUAGAAAUCUCAAUCGGCUCGUUGGCCAGAGCAGAUGAAAAUGGGGAUCUGACGGUUUAUCCUGGCAAUUACGUGAUGGAAGUUGAUAAUAAUGGGUUAUUGAAGGGAGAAUUUGAACUUGUGGGUGAAGCUGUUGUGGUGGAUCGAUUGACUAGACAGGGGGUUUAUGAGUAUACCGUUCCGGUGCACUAUAAUGCUAGUGCUAAUUUGGUUUGAAAGGGUGGGGGAGGGUUUGUAGCUUCAGGUAGUCGUUAAGAGUGAUUCGUCUAGCGGAUGACUUGGG